AAAAAUUAAGCUUAUUUAAUCAACUUAAAUAAAUAGUAAUUGAUCUAAAUAAACAGUAAUUGAUUAAAUGCAUUUUCACUUUUAAAAAAUGAGCUGACACAAAGUCUUGUCAAUUCGUAUUAAAAUAUUAUUCUUUUAUAAAAUAAUUAAAAAAAUUAAUUUUAGUUUUGAAUAUUACUUUUAACCAAUCUUAUCAAGUCAUGUGUCAUUAUCCGAAAGUACUAUUUUGUGGAUAGAUUUCCGAUAAGAUUUUCAACCAAUUCCGACGCGCCACGUGUCACUAUCUGUUUACAAUCCUUUAGUCAAGAUUUCGAUAAGAUUUUCAAUCAAUCACGUAUUGCCACGUGGCAUUAUCCAGAACCUCAUCCUUUCUUUUUUUGUCCAUAUAAACCCUACCUCCAUCCUAAUUCAUACAUCACACUCAAACUAACUCAUAAUUCUUCAUCAUCGUUUUUAAAUCUUGAGUUUUUACAAUGUCUUAAAAGGAGAUUGUAUGAAAUCGAUAAGCAACAAAAAAAAUUGUUGGCAGAACAGGAAGAAUUGUUCAAUCUCGAGGAUGGUGGACAUGAGGCGUUUUUCAUGGAAAAUGAUGAGGAUGAUGAACAUAGAAGGCAAAGAGCCUCACAUUCUCGUCGUGUCAUGCAAAAUGUGGAUCAGAUCUCCAAACCCAAACGUGCUGCAAACUUGGAUAAAAAGAGGAAAAGACAAGGGUCCAACAAGAGGUUUAGCUUCCUGGAGAAAGCCAUUAUGUGGCUUGCCAAAUGUCUUGGUUUUGCUUCCGUUGCUCCUCCUGCUGCCGCCACACCCCCUGCUGCCGUUGAUCCUGUUGCCGCUGCUGCUGCUAUUGCUACUCAUGGUGGUGGUGGAGGUCAAGCAUCUUGAAUCUAGGUCAUGCUUGGGAUAGGGUUUAGGUAGUCUAUAUUUAUUAAGACUUUGUUGGCAUUACUGUAAUGAUGGUAUUUGAAUACUAUUUAAAAACUGUAGCACAAUGACGUUGUUUUGGAUUUUAUUUUAAUUAAAUAUUCUACGUGUUCCUCUUGCCAAAAUAUACUCACUGACCCUGCAUCCGCACACCGCCACAACUAACGCGGCGGCUAUGCGGUCUCGAUCACUCUCUCUCUCGUCUUCUUCUUCUUCGUCGCUCCUUCAACAAUGGAAGCUAGGGUUUCCGGUCACGUACUCUGGGUUCGUCAGCAAAGGCCUUACCUCCAAGAGAUCGAGAAGGUUGUUAGCGACGUCAAGGUCAUACCGGCGGAUAAGCACUGCGAGUGGGCGGAUUUCAUGGUCUUCACUACCGGAAGGUCCACGUGGCAACGUCAAGAACAUUGCUCAAGCCUUAAUUUACAAGGCAGGUCCAAUUUUCUCUUUAAUUUCAAUUCCUGAGUUGUGUUUGGUUGCCUAGAAAAUUUGAGUCUAGAUUUACCUAGUUGACAGGGAAAACGGUAAUAUAAAAUUCUUUAUGUUAUUUACAUUGUUGCUUGAUGAUUAACAAGGCUUUAUUGCUUGAUGAUUAACACGGCUUUAUUGUCUAGGUUUUCGAUGAUGAACUCGAUCACGUGUGUGUUUAUCUGAGCAGUCUGAGCAAAAGCAGCAAGGAGCUGAGCGACUAGCCCUUCCCAGUGUGGAAGGGCAAAAUGGAGGAAAGUGGAUUGUCAUUGAUACCGUUAUGUUGUGCUCGUUGUAGGAUCGUCGUUUUUAGUUGUUGAAAACUAGUUUUGAUUACAUAUUUACUCUAGUUAUGGCAUGUUUGAUUUUUCGCAUAAACCAGGCACCACAAUAUUCGUGGAAAACUGAAAAUUGUUUUGUUGUUAUGGAAAUUUCCAAUAGCCAUACGAGGGCUCAAACUUUCCGUAGUGUGUAUUUUGACUAAAUUAUUGAAUGACGAAGGCCAUUUUUGUGUUUCCUAGUGGAACAUAUGAAUCUUGUACUUCUGUAUAACAUUUGCCAUUACAUGCCUCAUUGAUAUUGUUAGUUCCUUUCUCUUUGGGUUUUAAUACUGGGUUUCUUUAUUUAUUUAUUUAUUUAGGCAAAGUGAUAGCUCAUGCUCUUGAUGAGAACGCUAGAGCACUACACUUUGGAGCCUCGUUGUGGUUAUUUGUCUAGUUGAAAUUUUCUUGGUGUUACACUUGGAUAUUUUCACUGAAGACAUUGUCGGUGACUUUUAAUAAGGCAUCGGUUGGGUUGGGGUUGAGUUUAAACCCGUGGCACAAACCUGUAUUAAAUGUAUUUUAGAUCUUGUAUUGAGUUUUAAUACAAGUGAUAUUAAGAGGAGAGAAUGUACUUGGAUUGUUCUUGGAUUACCAGAUUAAAUUUAAUAGUCGAAUAUAACAAGAACAAAAGGUCCAUAAUGAAUUUAGGUUGGAUAGUGGCCGAUUUAGGAAAAUAACUUGUAUAACACGAUUAUACUGUCACAUGACAUUUUGUACCAAUGAAAUAAAGACAUGUGGAUGCGGGAUUCGACCAUGGAGAUGAAAUAAAAAGGUUUGAAUGAGUAAUUAAUUUUUGUAGCAGACUUCUAUAUAAGGAGUUGAUUUUCAUAGUUGUGUUCGAUUCCUAAUUUUGCAAAAGAGUAUAUUGUAAACAUAACUGUUUGUAAGAUUUAUAAUUCUUUCUAAUAUAAACGAAAUUUCAACAACCCACGCCCCUUCCCCCCCCCCCAAAAAAAAAUCACAGAAACAAAAAUUUGAACAGAAAAGUCAUUUUGAAAUCCAAAUUUACACUUCUAAACACAUAAUAUUCAAACUAGAAAAUUAAAUGAGCCUUGAUCAGUUGCAUAUACAGUUCAUUCAAUUUUAAUUAUUUUCUUUUCCAUGAAUUUUCUUUCAUUCUUUGUAUUUAAAAUGGUAAAUAACAACCAAUUGGAAAACGCACACAAAAUAAGAUAAAUAUUGUCACAUCCCGGCCCGGGACGGAUCACUUCCCGGGCCCGCUUCCACUACCGUAGCACGAUAUUGUCCGCUUUGGGCUUACCAUUCCCUCACGGUUUUG